AUGAGUUGUUGCAGAGUGCAACUUCGAGCUUUCACACCUGAAGAAGAUGAGACAAUCAUUUGGGUUCACGCGAAAGUUGGGAACAAAUGGGGUACCGUAUCCCAAUUAUUGUCCGGUCGAAUGGGUAACGCCAUAAAGAAUUACCGGAACACGACUCUGAAGCGCAAGUGCUUUUCCAUGUCUGAGGAUUCCAAUAACUUUAAGCCUGAGACUCUGCAGUCGUUGAAGAGGUCUUCAAGUGUCGGGUCGAGCAGCAGCAGCUGCUUCACUGCUUGGGCAAUCAGGGCAGAGAACGAAAGAUUCGAAAUGGAGAGGAGUGGAGGAGAGGAGUUGGGCUGCCAACUGGAGACGGGAGAGGAGUAG